AUCAUGGUACCUAUCACUUAUCAUUACCAAUUAUCAUACUACCGUACUCCAUGUGGUGAUUGCCGACCGCCAACUUGUGUGACAUGUGUCUUGAAAUAAAAUACGAAUUGCGAUUGCGAAAAAGCAAUUCAAUGAAGUUCGUUGACACUUGGACACACGAUUAAGAUAUUUAGAUUUAAAGAUUCAAUACGAUAGUUGACUUGACUGCGGGGACUGAAUACCGUAAACAUUUAUACAAGUGCUUGACGCAAGUCUUGAUUAAAAAUGGAUAGGGAUUGUGAUUAUGAGAUAUGUAUGGUUGAUUCAUCAAAGCAAUUAAUAAAGGAAGGCUUCAUUAACUUAUGCCAAAAAUAUGGUUCGAUUCAAAAUAUUACUAUCCAUAAUACAGAUUAUGAAAAUCAAGCAUUUAUUCAGUUUGAAGAUGAUGAUGCAGCAUACAAACUUUUAAAUGAAAAAUUAGAUUUUCCAUCUUUCAUUAAGGUGGAUUUUUCAAAUCGAACACGAAAAAUGAUUAAUUUAAAAUAUCAAAAAGAAAAUGAAGAUGUUGAAAAAUAUGAAGCCGAUGACAAUCUAAAAACAAUUAUUAAAGAAAAUGGAAAAAAUGAAACAAAAUUUGGGACUUCAGUUUAUAUCGGACCUAAUGUUUCUGGAAGAAGUUUAAUAGAGGAAUCUAAACAAUUGAAAAUAAAUGACAAAAUUAAACUUUAUAAUCUAGAAAAUGAUGAUCUUUUUGGAAGGCCUCUAAGUUCAAAAUGGGAAAAAUUUAAAAAGCCUGAAUUUGAACUUAAUAAUCUUGAUUUCUAUAAUCGUUUUGAAAAUUGUACGGGUGGUGAAAUUAAAAUUGAAAAAAAGUUGGGUCCAAACAUGUUUACUGGCCUGACUACAUUUUUUAAUGAUGGUGAUAAUAUACUAGAUAAAUUGAAGAUUAUUAGCAAUGAUAUUGAAUGUUCUGAUCUUCUAAAUAUAAAUGAUCUGAAAUAUGGAAUGUUAGUGGGCGCAUUUGAUAACUCAAUUAAUUUAUAUGGUCGUGGAUAUGUAACUUUGGUUGCUGGAAAUACUGUAAAUGUUGCUAUGAGUGAUUACGGUAGAGUAAUUAAUACAAUAAAAAUUAGAGUUCUACCUGAAAAAUAUACUAAGUUACCGGCUUAUUCAUUUAAAGUAUAUACCAAAAGUGACUAUGUUCCACAGUUAAAAAAUACAACUUAUGUUUUCAAAGUACGCAGUGUAUGUCCUGAAAGAAUUGUUUUAAUCAUGUUUGAUGAAAAUAAAGAAAUUAAAGUGCAAUUGAAAAAAUGGCAGCCUACUAUUGAAGAAUUUGGUGUUCCAUAUAUUGAUUUUAAGAGUGAUAGUUCAGUAGAGUUGCUAAAGUUAAAAGAUAUGAGCUCAGUAUUCAUUAGAUCAAAAGAAAAACAUCAUUUUGAAUUUCUUUUUUCAUCCUGGAAUAAUUUGGCAGCUUAUUGCUAUAAAAAUCCUCAGCCUUUAAAUAGAAAACCAGUUUAUGGUGAAAUUGUAGGAUUUAAAUCUACCUUAACCAAUAACUAUGUCAGAGGCAGAAUUCAUAAAUUCUUUGGAGACAACAUUUAUUCUGUGAAGCACAUGGAUGAUCCUAUUAAAGAAAACAUCAACUCAUCUGAAAUGAUAGAAUUACUGUUUGAACAUAAAAGUAUGCCUGUAAGUUUUUUAAAAGUAGGACUGAAAAAUGCUUUACCAUAUCCUAUCCAGUUUGAUGCUAAAUAUUUGGUUGAACAUGUUAUUGGUGUUCGCCUAUCUGUGCAUUUUGAUGAAUCAAAGGCAGAAGGAUGGAAAUAUGUAGAUUUAAAUAUAACACUUGUAAAAGAAAACUUAAAUUCUAUAUUAUAUAGUCUAACCGAACCUUUGUGGCUGAAAGAUAAUGUUACCAUAGAUAAUGAUAUCGGAAGAUUUACCAAAUACAUGAAUUUAUUAAGAUUUGAAUUAGUUGAAAAAUCAGUUGUGAACAUGAAGUUUGUUGUGUAUCAUGAUGGAGUAUUUUAUAUGAGAGAUAAAUUGUUUGGAAAGUCUUUCUCACUUUUAUCCGACAUGAUUCAAGAGUAUUGUAGCUUGAGUUUAAAUCCCUAUUUACCACAUAUUGAUGAAGUAUGCCUUGGCCAAUUUCCAGAUGGUAUGUGGUACAGAGUAAUAUGUGAUCAAAUGAAACCUGGUGAAUUGGUUAAAGUACAUUCUGUAGAUUUGGGAAACAUUGCAUAUUUGAAUUCUAGAAAUAUAAAAAAACUUCCAGAGGAAUUACUAUUUCAUCCAACUCAUGUUUCUCUAUGCAUUUUAGAUUCUUCUAUUCAGAUAAAUGAUGAAAAAAUGGAAUUAUUGCAAAAAUAUGAAAACACUGAUUGUGAAUUAACUAUUGUGAAAAGCUUAGGUGGUAAAAAUCAUUAUUUAUUCAACUGUCCAUUCAUUGAAGAGAUUCUUCAAUGACUUUAAAUAUAAGGAAUUUGAAUUAUUAUAAUAUCUUAAUAAUAUAUUAAUAUUAUUUUAAAAUAAUACAGUUAUAUCAACAACAUGAAAAAUAAAACAAAUUGUAUUUAUCAUAAGUUACAAUUUAAAAAUAUGUAUUUAAUGUUAAGUAAUGAUAUACCAAUAAAGUAAUUGGUUUUAACAAAACGAUUUUAUAAUCUAAUAUUAUUGAUAGAUCUUUUUUACUAUGAGUUGACAUAGUAUAUACUUAAUAAGAGUAAAUAGAGCAAAAUUAGUUUUGUAAUCUAAUAUAUUCAAAAGCUACCUUGUCCAAAAUAUUGAAUGUAUCAUUGACCCCUGAUUUGAGUUGUGACUUGUAGAGGCUUAGCGGCUUAGUCAUUGAACAAAUAUUGUUAUU